AUGGCUGAGCCAGUUGGCAUUACCGGUACAGCUGUUGGGAUACUUUCCUUUGGACUUCAGCUAUAUACCGGGAUCUCAGAAUAUCUUGAUGCUGUCAAAGGUCGCGACGAAGACCUCCAGUCAGCGAAGCAAUAUGCGAAGAUGCUGCGAGAUAAUCUUGUCUCGAUCGAAGUGGCCAUUAGCGCGAUCGGCAGCGAAUAUACGGCGGCUAGAUAUGCUAUCGAACGGUGCAAAUCCUCCUGCGAAACAGAGCUAAAGGGUUUAGAGGUACUGCUCUUAGAAUUGAAAGGUCCUAUGGUAGAGCCCAACAAUCGCACGGAACAGGUCAAGAAUUCUUUACGCAAAUAUAGCUACCCUUUCAACAAGAAGGACAUUUUCAGGCUUCAGGAUAGAUUAAGCUUAACUAACAAUGCCCUCCACACGGCCGCUUUCGCCUUGCAGUUAGCCAUUUCCAACAAUACCUUGACUACCGUUGUCAGUCUACAAAGAGCUGCUAUUGCGAUAAGCCAAGCAACUGAGGACACCGCGACGGGAAUGGCGGAACAGGCUGUAGCCCUAAAGCAGGCGAACCAGACUCUGACACAGUCUCACCAAGAGCUUCAGCUUAUCUCUCAACGCAUGCCGCCAGCUCUUGAUUCGAGAAUUAAUGAGAUCCUGACCUAUUUACGUGAUGCAGAAAGCCCCCGCUCUCAACUUGUGCAGCUUCUUCAAUAUCCACAAGAUCUACGGCGCUUAUGCGAUGCGGUUUCUAAUUUACGCCAAAACUCAAAGACGGAUCCUAGAACGCCAGUGUCUCAGUCAACCGAAAUUACAGGGUGUGAGAAGUUUACGACUUAUCGAACUUGCGACUGCGCAACAAGACACGACGUUCGGCGCCAAGGACGGCGUUUUGGGCUCUUUGUCUUCGAGUCGGAGAUCCAGAAGACCACCUACCACGCACCAGAAUGUGAGAUGUCAGGAGUAAUCCCGAUAGCCGCAGAAAACAAACGAACUUUCGGGGUCCAUAUACCUGCUAUGUUCAAGCUUUUAGAUCGCACUAUUCGGCUCUCAUUCUCCGUGAGAGCUGGCGCUGGUGGAUACACCCUAUGUCAAAGCAUAAACUACGCUGCGACCGUCGAUGAAAGCUCAUCCUUAUCUUUCAGAAUCGCAAAUAUGCUCAUACGUCUAAUGGACGAGCGGACACCUGGACUAAGCAACGAAGACUUUUUCGUUGUUGCGGAAUCAUGCAUCAGGCGGCUUACAUUCUGUUAUGGCAAUAAACAGGCCUCUCCAAGAGAUAUAAACAUGCAUGGGGAGUCGAUACUUGAUCUUCUUGCUUGGCAGCUACACUUACUCGGCGAAUUCACAAUGCCGGCAAACGUCGUUUCUUAUAUCUUGCGAUCGUUAGCCACGACGAAGAUUCCCAUCACAAAUGGCUCCAGAGUAAAGAUAUUCGACUCUGACACGGCUCACCAAACCAUCUCAACGCUACUAGCAUGCUGUGAUAUACCGACAGGACAAGAUUACCAAGUCACGUAUCUCAGAUAUGCUGACGGGAAGCGGAAGGGACUUUUCGAGAACUUCCCAGAUAUUGCAGAAAAUCUGGGAUUUAAUCCCCUCCACAUCGCGACUCUCAAAAACGAUGAAGAGAGUGUUCAUCAUCUCUUGCAUAGAUAUCCGUCCUACCUGAAUGAUCUCAAUUACUGUGGGCAGUCGCCGGUCCACAUCGCUAUUCAAAACAAAAACUUUCGCAUCUCAUCAGCGGUUAUAGUAGCAGCUCAUGCCGACAUCCUUAACACUGCAGGCAACGCACAGCAAUACCCGAUUGAUAUAGCGACCUACAUCACGUGCAGUCUCCUCGAAAAUUCGGAGGGAAGUCAUCAUCAGUCUUGCAAUCAAUCCAGGGUGAUAGAUCUUCUUCUCGAAUCUAAGUCACUACUUCUACACAGCUUCAUAUGUACACAUUUCGACCAGGCAUGCCAGCAUACGAAGAUGGUUGUCCUAAGUCAUCUCGCACAAAGAAGGAGAGACAUGGAACUUCUCGCUAUUAUCAAGCUUCCCGCUGCAGAAGUACAAGAUCUCGGCUUAUCCAGAGGGCGAACAUUGGACCGAAAUACCGCCAGGGUACAGCAUUAUCUCGCAAAACGUUGUAACAUACCACGUGAGCUGCUAUUUUAUCCGAAUAAUGAUGUCCCUAAGGGGCUGGGCUGCUCAAAGUCUAUAUAUGCAUAUAUAUAUGAUCGCGAUGUUGCUCAACAUGCUAUUUCUUUGGGAUUCGAUUUCGGAACGGCUUUUACCGACCUUUUUGCCCAGGUGAUACAGGAUGUAGUUUCCGAGCGUUCUUUCGGGCAUGGUGCUACCUAUCGACACGCAUCAUUUCCAACCUAUGUCUGCUGGAUGAUAGACCGUGGUGCAGAUAUUUUCGGGACUGUCCCAGCAGGCUUUGUGCCAGGAGCCGCCCAGAAAAUAACAUGGGCACAUUACCUUACAGCUUCGCUAGGGAUCGCAAGGGUACAGACUCCUCAAUUAUCCAGAGAAUUACCACAGGGGAUUGCAGAAGUCAUUGCUCGGCAGGGUGUCUUUGAUGGAUUGAAAUUCUUAGAAGGACUAGGCUGGCGCCAAAUUCUUCAGAGAUCCGAAAUACUCGAAUCCUACGCUUUAAGAACAUCAGACGCCCUUGGCAGCUUAUUUCCAAGAUGCAAAGAUGACGGACUUGCUUGCGACUGGAUAUACCGUGCUGUCUUACGGUAUAUAACAUUUUGCGCUCUGGGACUUCGCCAUACUUGUUGUAAGCUGGUCCAUAAAAGCUCUAAUAGUAUUUCAGACGAGGAAGAGAUUCGCGAGAUUCACGAGGAGGAUGCAGCCUACAUACAGAUACUGGAGGAGCUUAUGUCAGACUUCGAGACGGAAUACGAAAACCGUACCGAUCUGGCAAUAUUUCUCACAGUUGUCUGGGUCCCAAAGAUGAAAGACAUUUGGGCAAAACUCAACUCAAUGGAGCUCACAAGCGAGGAGAUAAGAAGUGCAGAAACAAUCGGUGUGAUUUGGGAGGUCUGUGAGAGCGAGGAUACUUGGGGUUCGGAGGAAGGUGAGUAUAUCAACCCAGAAAGCUGGGCGAGAGUAGAGGACUUGAGAUCACAAAUGGGACGGACUAGGGAUGAUAAGUCAUCUGCAGUGGAGGAGUGGAUGAGGCGAUUAGAUGAUAUAGCUAUAGAUCCCCAGCGGCCUGUCAUUGCUAUCUAG